GCUCUCCUCAUGUAUUGGGACAGCGAUGCCGCCAAGAAUAAAUCCACGAAGGGGUCAGAAAAUAGAAGAAAGAAGCUGCAUGACCAUCACUUGGGCUCACACUCCUACGCUAAUCUGGAGGAUGUUUAUUGUCAAGAUACGGGGAAAUCAUUAAUGCCGAUACACUUGAGGGCCAGAGCGGCAUAUGAUACUUUUCGUGAACAAUAUAGGGGUGAUGAGAGGAAUCGGGAUAAGAUCACAAAAAAUCUCGAGUUAGUGGAGGGAUUUGAGAACGCAUCCAAGGAGGCUGCAUCUGUUUACAUUUCGCAGGAGGAGGAACAAACCGAGUCAGACCCUCACAUGCUUUCUGCAGAGGAGAACAUCAAUCUCACACAGAACCUGAUGGGUCAUAAUAGGAGAGGAAGAUAUCCUCUACAUGGUGUCGGAGCUUCACCUGGUAUAAGCAUCAGAUCGUCCACAGCAUCCUCCACACCAUCUACAUCGACAAGAGCAGCCACAAGCAGUUUCUAG